GGCACGAACACUUUGGGCCGCUCAGUGCCCGGAACCAGUCGUGUGCGUCAGAUCUGGUCCGUGUUCUUGAGUGACUGACACUUACACACGUUCAAUGACGUCCACACUCAUGUGCUGUUUCGAAAUCUUCUGAAAGCCCACAAAGCACACUAGCCAAAAGGAACACUGAACUACCAAGAGAAGAAGAAGAAAAGAAAAAGGAAAACAACAAUAACAUGUAUUUGCGUGUUCUCUGUGUUCUUUCUCGAGAUACCAAGAUGAAAUUCUACCAAAUGACAUUCUUCCUGACCUGCUGCGCCCUCACCACAACCGACGCGGCUUCCUUAAAAGGUCGUUCGCCAGCAGGAGUUCCCCAAGACGGCUUUGACAUUGGGGCCAAAUCACAUUUUUGCCAAGAUACUGACACUCUUCUGAUGUGCGAUUUUAAGUGGGAAAAAGAGAAUGUUUAUUUACCGGGCCACGAAAUCGCGAAAGGCCACGACCUGGUCAUCCUCCAGAGAGUUCACAACCUAGUCCUCGAUCGCCGGGCCUGCCUCAACCUCAGCCUGCGAGAGGUGGCGCACGGGAGGACGGAGGGCACUGUGGACGAAUCCUGCUCGAAGGUUGAGCUGUCCCUCCGAAACGUAAGCCUUGACGCGGUUGAGGCUCCGGUGACUUCGCUGUACGCUUACAAGUCGCGUCUGGAGAGAAUCGCGAUGAGGGACGUCGACUCGAAAUUGACCGCCAUCAGUUCCUCUGUCGGCGAGUUUGACGUGGAGCGCGUCGUUGACAACGGCGUGAUAGUGCAACUGCACAGCACGACGGUGAAGCGGCUGGAGAACCUCCACGUUGCGGGCGACUCGAAGGUCCACCUGCAUGACGUCACGUUCGAGGGUGUGCUCAAUUUCGUGUUGGCCUCCAAGGGGAACCUUCUGACUGCGAUGAAGUUUCCACCGUUGAAGAAAGAAGGCGACCAGCCAGCAGUCCUCAUCCUCAAACACGGUGCUGAGGUCACCCUCGAGGACAUACGGGGUGUCCUUAAGAUCGCCGUGCCUGCCUGCCCAGCCAUGCAAGAGAUACUCACGGAGGACGCUCUUUCUACGACCACAUCGGAGCCUGAAGAUCAGGAGCAAAACAUGCUUCUCUUGCCCCUUACCUUCUCGCUUGCCUUAAACGUCAUAUCAUUACUCAUUUGUAUUUAUCGAUGUUCAACCUCGAAGGUGGAGAGAGAAACAAAGGGAACCAAGAACAACAAAAAACCGCUUCUAUCCUCUUCGGAUGAAAUGCCAUCUCCCAAGGUCAAGAAAAAAAGGAAAAACUAUUUUUUACCAAAUCUCCAGUCUUCCAUACGGCUAACAAGAACGCACUUACAUCCAAGAAAAUGUCGACAGAAAACUAAUAUUAGGAAACGUUCUACAAUAGUAAACUCCAGUGGAAACAUCAGUCACAGUGCAGUUUUGAGUGAAAAACUCAAUGAAAGAGAGCAAAGACCAAACCACAGAAAGGCACGUCAGAGAACUUUAACCUACCAUGGUCCUUACACUGAAAGUGAACUCAUGCUUUGCGCAACGUCGUCCGAAGAUGGGGAGUCGUAUACGACGAACUCAUCAAUAGAUACAAGCCUAAGCAAUGAGAUAAGUCAUGUUUAAAUAAUUUUGUUUAUCUUGUCUACAUUCUAGUCAAUGGUGCUGCGUAAUAUGAAAAAAUCGUUACAAGCUCCCAGGAAGAUAUAUAAUCAUAAAUACAUAUAAACACACACACACACAUACACACACACACAAAUAUACAUAUAGGCCGCGAUGGCCGAGUGGUUAGAGCGUCGGACUCAAAGACUCAUGACAAUCUGAGUUCGAGAGUCACUAACCGGUGCGUUAUUCCCCUGGGCAAGGAACUUCACCUCGAUUGCCUACAGGUAACCCGAUCACGGAUACGUGAAGCCACGGUUAGCAGGCGGUGGAUGUGGAUUUCAUGCAAGAGCAGAGAGUGCACUCACUGGUUGGACCAAGCGAUAUUGAGCAGAAGAACCACAUCAUGAUCAAUGGUCGAGGAUCAACCGUCUAGUAUAGACACUGCUACUGAAGAAAGCAACGGGAAUAUACUUCAGUACCUCUCUCUAGUCAAUCACUGAUCAAGGCCUCAAAAGGAACACUCGGAACAGGGUCUCGCUGGAACAUCAGAGUUGCUGCGUUGCGUGUGGUCAAGAGAGACAUAUAAGGCAUUGGUCACAGCUGUUAUUUUCUGAACUAUCGGUCUUUGAUGAUGAUGAUAUAUAUACACACAUAUCUAUGUCUG